ACGAAUUCACACAGGAGACUCUGAACAGUUUCGCCUCAAUCCUCGAGUCCUCCAAUCAGCCGGGCUCAGACAAGUCCUCGCCCUCGCAUCCUGCAGAGGGCACCCUGCAGAAUCGCAACCCCCACCCUAAUCCACAAGUGCGAGCCCUCGCCUCUGCAGCUUACUCUCAACGACCCAGCAGCAUGGUCUGCACUGGUGAUGUGAAACUCUGGCCGGAUGGUGAGUCUUCCUCUUUCUUCCAUAUACUUCAUAUAUUUAUUUCCACCGAAAACUUGCCCUCUGCUCAUCUACGACAGAUUGUUCGAUUGGGGACGGCCUGA